GGCCCGGCCGGCUCGGCGGCUCCCGGCUGCUGCACAGGGAAUCUGCUGGUGAAACCUGUUGUUUUGGAAGCUGCACAGCGGAGUAACCUCUGCCCCGGGGGAUAACACAAGAAAUCACCUCCUGGCCGGGACCCAAGCAAAACACGGGAUUAACUUUGCCCUGCGCUGGCUCGCUGGGAGGCGGUGGGAGGGUGAGAGCGGCUCCGGAGCGCAGAGAGGAUCGUGCGAGGAUGGGGGCCCGGCUGCUGUGCCUGUGCCUCCUCACCGCCCUGCUCGCCUACUACAUCUACAGCCCGCUGCCGCCGGAGCUGGCCCAGCCCGGCACCGUGAUGCUCCUCUCGGCUGCCAUCAGGGCCCUGGGGCACCUGUCGGAGCUGGGGGAGCUGCUGGGGCUGAUGCACUACAUGGAGGGGCUGAGGCUGAUCUCCACGGUGGAGCUGGUGGCUCCCACGUCCGACGAGAACGUGACGGUGACGGACACGGAGCUCAGCGGGGUCCCCGUGCGCCUGUUCCUGCCCCGGAGGCCGCCCGGAGCGCUCAGGAGGGCCGUGCUCUUCUUCCACGGCGGCGGCUGGUGCCUGGGAGACGCAGGCAUGCAUGGCUACGAUCUCAUGUCUCGGCGGAUUUCAAACGAGCUGAAUGCUGUCGUGGUGUCAGUCAACUACAGGCUGGCCCCUCCGCACCGUUUCCCUGCCCAGUUUGAGGACGUGUACUCGGUGACCAGGUUCUUCCUGCAGGACAAGGUGCUGUCCCAGUACGGGGUGGACCCUGCGCGGGUCUGCGUGGCCGGGGACAGCGCCGGGGGCAACCUGGCUGCAGCCGUGGCACAGCAGCUGUCGGAGGACCCCGAAGCGAAAACCAAGCUGAAAGCUCAGGUUCUGAUCUACCCCGCGCUGCAGGCGCUGGACCUGGACCUGCCGUCGUACCGGGACAACGCGCACAAGCCGCUGCUGCCGCGGGCGCUGAUGGUGCGCUUCUGGAGCGAGUACCUGAGCGCGGAGCCCGCGCUGCGCGCCGCCAUGGCCGCGGGCCGCCACGUUCCGCCCGAGGCCGCGCCGCUGCUGCCCCGGGUGAACUGGAGCCGCUGGCUGCCCGCCGCCAUGCGCGGCGCCCACACCUACGAGGGCCCGGCGCUGGCGGGCGCGGGGCUGGCGCGGCGCUUCCCGGCGCUGCUGGACCCGCGAGCGAGCCCGCUGCUGGCCCCCGAGGCCCGGCUGCGCCGCCUGCCCCCGGCCUUCGUGCUGACCUGCGAGCACGACGUGCUGCGCGACGACGGCGCCAUGUACGCGGCCCGGCUGCGCGCCGCCGGCGUGCCCGUCACGCACCACCACGCCAGGGACGCCUUCCACGGCGCCGUGACCUUCCUGGCCUGGCCGCUGGAGCUGGCCGUGGGCCGCCGCCUCUUCGACACCUGCAUGGGCUGGCUGAAGGAGAACCUGUGAGCCCAAGUCAGCCCCUCGCGUGCCCAGCUGUGGCCGGAGCUCCGCUGGAUUUCGGCCGCGAUCGCCGUCCCCCUUUGCGAUCCUCACGGUGCUGGGGCUGGAGCGUUUCCCACCCUGUCUGGCAGGAAAUCAGCCUGAUCCCAAGCCAACGUUCCUCCAGUGCUGCCAUCCGAACCUCAAACCCCCAGAGUGCCAGGACUGCCCCGGGUUCCUCCUCCGGCCCUGCAGCCUCUGGGAUCUGGUGCCUGCUCUCUGCCGCU